ACAGUUGGGAUAUUUAUGGCAAAAAAACAGGGGCAUAUUGGAAGUAAAAUUUGGGGAUUUGUAUAUCUCUGCUCUCUCCCUCCCUCCCUCCCUCGGCGGUCACAUGCAAAUUCAUUAGUGCUUGCCGGCCCAGGUCGGGUAACACUAAAUAUAAAAGGCGUCGCUGGUUACAAAUCUCUCUCUCUCUCUCUCUCUCUCUCUCUCUCUCUUAUCUACUCUUUCUCUCUCUCUACACUGUAUGUAUGUACGUACAUACUUGAAUCUGAUUAGAGUGAGAGAAGAUUGAAAGCAUUGUGACUACCGUUUACUCGAUUGCUUCUGCUUCUGUGGCUUUUACCUCCUUCAGUGAUGUUGGGGAAUGCUCUGAGAGAUCUCAAUACACUACCUGCGUCUGAAAGGAAAAAUGAAAGCUCCAGUAAGGGGAGCUUUAUUAAACCUCAUGCUGAGCAUGGAACUCUUGAAGAAAAGCAGAGGAAAAACACUGCCUCCUUGAUUGAAACUCCAGUCAAUGGAGAUGAAAGUGUGAAAUCUGGGGUACAGUUGGGAAGCUCAGAAGUAGAAUACAUUGAAUCUGUGAAUUUGAAAAAAGUAGAAGAUGUGGACACAAGUCUCAAGACACUUUUGGCUGGGUUAGACUCUAAAGAUUGGGUUUUGGUAUGUGAGGCACUCAAUAAUGUACGCCAGUUAUCUAGAUUUCACAGGGAAACAAUUGUCAGCAUGCUGGAGAAUGUGAUCCCUCUAAUUGUGAAAUCUUUGAAGAAUCCAAGAAGUGCAGUAUGUAAGACUGCAAUUAUGACAUGUGCUGAUAUUUUUAGUGUGUACGGUGAUCACAUUAUUGACUCAUUGGAUCCUCUGCUUGUGCAGCUUCUUCUCAAGGCUUCACAAGACAAACGAUUUGUAUGUGAGGCAGCUGAGAGAACUUUAGUAGCCAUGACUGUUUGGGUUUCCCCCAUUUUGUUGUUACCGAAGUUGCAACCUUAUCUUAAGAACAGGAAUCCUCGAGUUCGAGCCAAGGCUUCAAUGUGCUUUUGUCGAAGUGUUCAACAACUGGGAGUGGAGGGAAUCAGAGCAUAUGGGAUUGACAAAUUGAUCCAAAUAGCUGCAUCUCAGCUUAGUGACCAGCUUCCUGAAUCAAGGGAGGCUGCUCGUGGCCUUUUGUUUGAACUCCAAACUGUGUAUGAGAAGUGUCAUGUCCCAUCUCAGACUGCAGCCUCUGAGGAUGAGGAUUCAGAGAGGGACAUGGGUUCGUGGGAGCACUUCUGCAAGUCAAAGCUCUCCCCGCUAAGCGCUCAAGCUGUCCUUCGUUUGACUGCUAUUCCCGAAGGUCUUGUUUUGGGUUCGUAGCAUCAUGAAGAGAGCUUUAGCGAGUAAUGUCUCGUUGCGUCCCUUUUGCCUUUGUUUUGGUUUGGUUCAUUAUAUUUUACUUGUAAACACUGUCACUUUGAGAUUGUUUCAAAUGGCGGUUGGGCUAUAAAUUCUGUAGUAACUUUCGGAUAAGAUUUUUACUGUUAGAUACCAUUGCAUCAUUUGUGGAACUAUGACAGUAGCUGUCGAUAUUCAUUUGUGCAUUUCUUAGACUCCAAUAUUGAUUUUUUGCCUACUCAA